CGGUGGCCGUUUCGAUCGCCGACUCGCGCGCGGCCGGCAGAGGCGCGUGCACGCCCGAAGGGCGCGCGGGUUGGUCGCCUGCAGCGAGAGGAGGAGGAGGAGGAGGGGGCGGAGCGAGAGCGCGCGCGCGCGUACGUGAGCGAGCGAGCCGGUCAGAAGAUGGCGUCGUCGAAUAUGGAGGAAGAUGAGAGCUUGAGGGGAUGUGAAGUUUACGUUCAGAAGCACAACAUCCAGCAAAUCCUGAAGGAAUGUAUCGUCAGCCUCUGCAUUGCAAAACCUGAGCGCCCAAUGAAGUUCCUCAAGGAGCAUUUCGAUAAGCUGGAAAAGGAAGAGUGCAAACAAAUUUUGGCUCGACAGAAGUCUAAUUCUCAAUCAGACUCGCAUGAUGAUGAGAUUUCACCACCACCACCAAAUCCAGUCGUAAAGGCCAGGCGCAGAAGAGGCGGUGUAAGUGCCGAAGUAUACACUGAGGAAGAUGCAGUCUCUUAUGUUCGAAAGGUAAUACCAAAGGACUACAAGACCAUGACUGCCCUGGCAAAAGCUAUUUCUAAGAAUGUUCUUUUUGCUCAUCUUGAUGAUAUAUGAACGAAG